AUGGCGCCAGCGGAGGAGGGCCUGGAAGACAGAGAGGAGGCCGUUCGGGAGUCCAAGCAGGAGCUGAACGAUAGAUCCGCGGUACUUCCCCCCUCCUUGUCACCGUCUCCUUGUUUUGAUCAUCCUGUCUUCUGGUCGGUCGUCUUUCCUGGCUCUGCGGACGGUUCUGUUGGUCUUGCCUCCGAUUUUUCGAGUUUUGUUGUAUUGCUUGAUUCAGAGGGUGGCCCUGGCGAAGGAGAUGCUGGCGAUGCAGGCAGUCCAGACCAGGGAAAGGCUGUCUAAACAGGCUUUACAGACGAAAGAGAUACUCUCGAAGCAGGCCGUGAAGAUCGUCAAGCAAGCCGAGGAGCACGAGCCCUUUAUCAACAAGGUCAUCAUCAUCUCUGUUUAUCAUUCUCACUCAUCAGACGUUUCCGAUCCCCACACUCCAUCUCGGUUCGUUAAUCGUGUACCGCUGCUUCCUCCGAAAGGUCCCCCGUUUUCCUCGACUUGUUACCCUUCUAUUUUCCCAGAUUGUGAGGCCUUUCCGAGGAUUUCAUUUCACCGGUUCCAUCAUUUGUGUGGUAUUCUAUGUAGAUGGCAUGAUUUCUGACAUUCUUGGAAGUAACUGCUUAUUUCGCUGCAAUAUAGGUUACUCACUUGCUGGGCGUGCUUGGGUUUGGUGGAUUCUGCUACCUAUUGGGCGCUAGUAAGUGUCAUCAAUUUGAAACACCCAUUACGAUCCUCAGUUAGAAAUAUCAUUUUAGUAAAAGGAAGCUGUUCCAUCUAUUGUGGUGACCAGGGCCCCAGGAUAUCCCGUAUGUGUACUGUUUUUUCUACGUCAUAUUUGUUCCACUGCGAUGGAUCUACUACAGAUUCAAGAAAUGGCACUACUAUCUGUUGGUGAGUAUCAUACAUCUCCAACAGGUUUCUGAUUGGCUCUUUGUCAGGCCACAAAAGUUUCAGAAUACAAAUCAGAGUUGGCUCAUGCCUCUUGUAUCUAUUGUAUGCUGUGCUUUGGUGUUCUAAGCUCAACUUUUUUAGCCGUUGUUGUUUUGCAGGACUUCUGCUACUACGCUAAUACGAUUUUUAUUAUUACACUUAUUUUCUUCCCAAGACACGAGAAACUUUUCAUGAUCUGUUUCUCAUUUGCAGAAGUAAGUGUGAAAUCCUGGGUUAGGGUCGGCAUGUAUUUUCUCUUUGAUCUAACUUUCUUUAUAUUUAAUGUCUUCUAAUUCUCUUUAGGGACCGCUGGCUUGGGCAUUGAUCGUGUGGCGGUGUAGCCUUGUGUUCAGUUCUCUAGACAAGACUGUCAGCGUCUUAAUUCAUCUCUUACCUGGUCAGUCUCCCAUCCUCUUACUGAACUGAAUUGAUAGCGUGAUGCCUGUUCUUUAUUUUUGUUACCCACGCAGCAUAUCAUUCUUAUCUGAUUCAUGCAUUCAACCCAGAUUUCGAUGUCCCCACUUUGUGACGUUUCUUCUCCCGAUCCAAGGAAUUGAUGGAUUUCUCUAACCGGCUGCGUUCCAAAUGUCAGACACGAAAGAGUCUGGCGGAGGUAACAUGAGACUAGCUGGUGCGUAGAGAAUUCACUUGCUUGGUUGUGCAGCUUAGACCCGUGCAAGUGAAGACAAAUCUUCAAAGGUUCCCUUGACUCUAGAAAGCCUUGACAAGAACCUGUCUUCUUAGGCCAACUGUCAUCAAAAGAGUGAACUGAAACAUAAUCCCCUCGUAAUAUCUCGGUCUCUUUGUGCAAUGUGUUUUUUUGGUGUAGACAGUGAUGUUUGACCUUGUCCUCUUUGCUGAGUGCCCGAGCAAUGUAAGAACUUGUUACUUCCAUCGUUGAGCAGGUGGGCCCACCUUGUCUUUUGUGUAUUUAUCUAUUUCUGGUCACAUUGAUUUUUUUAUUGAUACCAUGGUGUUGUUUGGCCUGGUCUUCUUUGUGAAGUGUCUGAGCAAUUUAAAUACUUGUCACUUCAUCGUUGAGCACUGCGGACCCACCUUGUCUUCUGUGUAUUUAUCUAUUUAUGGGCACAUAAUUUUUUUUUAUUAAUACCACAGUGUGAGUUUUGGACUGUCGUGUUCAUUAAUAAAGCAUCCACUGCAGGAAUUGUCUUCUUUACCAUACGUUGGUGGGAUCCUGCAACAUUUGCCUCAAUGCAUCCCGAGGGAAAAGACAGAGCAUCUUGGUCUUAUGCUGAGGAUAAGUCAUACCUGUGGACUUGGCUAUUUCUCUUUCCAUUGGCAGCAUACACCCUUUGGCAACUUCUGUACUUCUUCAUUGUUAAUGUUCUACGACAGCAGAGGCUGCUAAGAGAUCCCGAAGUCAUGACCUCUUACAGGUAACUCUCUUUGCUUCCAGCGCGUGCUUGUGCAUGCACUUGUGGUAGAUCAUGCGUGCUUUUGAUCUGGUAAAUGUGGCAAUUAUAUCUAGCGAUUAAAAUAUGUUGGCUGAUUCCUUUUGAGGCUCCAAGCCCAAUGCUUUCACAUGGUCGGAUGCUGGCUGUCUUGAGUUGUAUAAUUGUUCUUCACGUGUGUCUCAUCAAAGGGGACAUUUCGAUCAUGUUACCAAUUAAACUUUAGUGAAAUACCCUGAUAUUUUCACUUUGCUAAAUAAUCGUAGACCCGUUUUAUUCUAACAAGAUGGCCCAACUCAUCUUGUUAUUAAGAUGUGCAGCGUAUUCUCUGCGAAAUCGUCUGUACGAUGCUCUAAUUAUCGGCGAUAUAUCAGCAUUUCUUCAUUGUUUCUUAUGCAAUUCUUCUGUUGAUGUUGGUAGGGAGCUGUCGAAGAAAGCCCAGAAGGCAAACAAUGUCUGGUGGCGGCUGAGCGGGAUUCUCGGGGAUCAGAAUCGGAACAUCAUGUAUAUAUUGCUUCAGGCAAUAUUCACGGUGGCAACCAUGGCCCUCACGGUCCCGAUCUUUCUGUCGUACGAGAUGCACAUUGUCUUUCAGGUACUCAAGGUCUCUGCUACCGUAUGGAACGGUGGGAGCUUCCUUCUGGAAGUCAUGCCGAGGCAGGUCGUGCUCAAGGAAAAGAAGAAGCUGGAGAUGAUGCCCCUCCCCACUCAAUCAGAUCCCAAGUCCACUGAUCUUUCCACAAACAGUAACCAGUACAAUGGUCAGAACACUAGUGAGACCUCGCAUACAGAUGACAGUAAACAGGCGUAG